AAUACACGUCGUGCCACAGAGGCUGCAGCUCUUCAGCACAGCUGGGCUUCACUGGAACACCACAGAGGGCACCUCUGCACAUUUCACCGACUAACUAGAGAGAGCACUUGCCUCCCUUAAAGGAUUAAGACAGGACCUCUUUCCCGGCAUCCAAUAUGAGUCGAGUGGAAGAAUGGGUUCUGGAGAACAAGGAUAAGAUUGAAAAGGGAGUGGAGAUCAUGAGCCAAGGCUGUGAGGUCCUUGCAGCCACUGUUGGCCAGUUCCAUCCCAUCCUGGAGGCAGUUUUUGUGGCCUCAGCUGAGCUCCUUAGCAACCCAGAAGGCAAAGAGGCUAAGUAUCUCGCCGAGCAGUUUGAAAGGGUCAACCAGAAGUUGGAAGGGAUACAGGAUGAGAUUGAAAAAUUAGCUCUGGAGUUGCAGAGAACGUCUCUGAACAAGCAAAACUUUGACCGCGAGGCUCAGAUGAUCAGUCAGUAUGAAAAGUUUCAAGAGUUUGUCAUCGCCAAACCGAAGUUCAAGGAGAAGAAGAAGGAAAAGUUUCUAAGCCACUACGAGAACACUGACCGUGAUGUUAACCUCGAUGGCUUGUAUAACGCCGUCACUGGAGAGAACACCUCUGGAGAUGCGAUGCUGGACACGAUACUGGUCACCGAGCAGAUGAGCAGGAGGGCAGUGGAGGAAUUCUGCGCUCGCCUAAAGAAGCUGUUUGUAGUUGGGAUCAUAGCAGUGAUGGGCUACACUGCACUAAAGGAAGGCACUGUUGGAGAGGACAUGGUGAAGAAAUGGCAAGGCCGCAUGGAGGACGUGGAGAAGCGUAUGAAGGCGGCGGUGGAUGAAUGUGUGAACAACUUUCCUGAACAAGCUAAGAAGGAUGUAGAACACAAGCUCGUGGAGAGGCAGAGCAGUGUUGACCCUGAGUUUACUAAAUUCCUCCUAGAUUCUCUUGCUAAAAAGUAUGACUGGGUCUCCUGGUCAGUUAGAGUGUUUAAUCAUAGUGGCAUUUUUUUCUGGAAUUGGCUGGCUGGCAAGCGAUACCAUGGAAGUGGAGGAGGUAUCAAUUAUUUUGACCUGUUGACUGACAACAAAGUAAGGAUUGUGGUGUCUUUCACUGCAAACCCUAAACCCCUCAACAAAGUCCAGAUCAAGGAUCAAAUAGAGAAUGAGAAGCUGAAAGGUGACAUGAUAUCUGUGGCCGAGUCUCUUUGCAAGAGUCUUCCCAACUGCCUUGUGCAUGCUGUUAGUCGUUAUAAGAGGGUGGAGGAAGCUAACAAUUUCGUCCCUGAGUGCUAUUAUUAUGCAGCCCACAAAAGGGCACACAUUUGUAUCCACUCAGAGUAGUAAAAUUUUAAUCAAACUCAAAUAUAUCAAUGGCAAUCAGUCUUAUAUCUCACCAGUUUCUUUUGUCUUAACACUACACGAUGAUGGCAACUGUGCUGAAACGUCCAAUUCCUUUUAUUAUUAUUAUUUUAAUUCCACUUGUUCUUUGUAAACUGUAAAAAUCCAAAUGUUAUGAAAAGAUGUAUGAAUUUAGUCAAACAUGUUUAAUCAAAAGUACUAUAUUGUACGUGCCUGAGCACUUUUGUAUACUGUCUUUCAUGGUUAAGACGUGUUUAUGAGCGUCAUUUGUACCAUAUGCUGUUGAAUAUGCUGGUAGAAUCAUUACAAAUGAUUACCCUAAGCAUCUGAUCAAUUACAUUAAAAUAUAUUCAAACUAC